GACUGCAACGACGCCGGAGAAGUCAAAUUAUGAGUCAAGCUGAGAGUGAGAAGCACAAUUGAAGAUCAAAACCCCCACGAAUUUAGCAACGGAGAUAAGCUGAGUUUAAAGCAUCCCCAGAAGAUCAAAUGUCGGUCCAGGAUCGUGCAGUGCCAAAAUUACCGAAAUCGUCGAAAUCCCAGAUUAGAGCUCUUCCCACGAUAAACCGGAAACACCACCGUAUCUUCGAGGCCAAAAGCCUUGACCUUUCGACGUGGGUUUCUGAUAAUUUCUACAAAAUUGUUACAAGAUGUAUCCUAAUCUUCACUGUUGCAGCCGUCUUCUUCCUCUACAACUCCACCGAAACGGUUUCUUUCCCCCGGCUCCAGUUUAAGACGCAGCAGUCUCUUGAUUCCAUCUCUCUCCCUCAAAUCAAGUGGAAUUUGAUCGCAACCAUUAGUGAUAAGUCAUCUCCUUACGCUAAUUUUCGAUUAGAGCAAUGGAUUGUGGUGUCUGUGUCUGAUUAUCCGUCUGAUUCGUUGAAGAAGAUGGUCAAGACUCAAGAUUGGAGGAUGGCAGCUGUUGGCAAUUGGGAAUUCCAGGACGCCCAAGGAUGGGAGCUUGAGAGGAAGAGUGUGGGUUAUUUGUUCGCUAUCCAACAUGGUGCAAAGAAGAUCUUUGAUUGUGAUGAUCUUGGGGAUUGGAGAUGUGAUUGGUGAUGAUUUAGGGCAGCAUUUUGAUGUAGAAUUGGUGGGGGAGGGAGCUAGGCAGAGUCUAUAUUGCAAUAUAGUCAUGAUAAGCCUAAUAGGACUGUAGUGAACCCGUAUAUCCAUUUUGGGCAAAGGUCAGUUUGGCCUAGGGGAUUGCCACUGGAGAAUGUAGGU